AAUGAGGCCAUUUUGUCUUCGAACAAUCCCAUCAACAGGUGCACUUCGCCUUCAUCAAAGAUGGAACACGACAACCAACCCGACGCCGUCAUUUGCAACUUCUGCGGGAAGGCUUUCACGCUACCCGAAGAUGAAGUUGAGGGCAAUCUUCCACGUGUCUUGAUAUGCGGUCACAUCUUUUGCACAUCCUGCCUGCAGUCCAUUGAAUCCAGGAACGUCGUGAGGUGUCCCGAGUGUGAGGUGGCGUCAAGCCUUCCAGAAGAGGGCGUGUAUGGGCUUCAGGAGGACACACGAAUUAUUGGCCUCAUCUACACUAUUAAAAUGAACAAGACGAGAAGGUCAAAGUGUCGCAGAAGAAAAUUGGUCUCCCCAAACGUUGAUGGCAGCAACGAUGUUCAGCAGCCAGCGGACCUCGAGGCAAUCGAGAGGGCUGUGGACCAAGCGUUGGCUACAGCCGCAGAACGUCUGGCCAAGCUGGAGCACCUACACGAGACUUUGACCACAGGCCUUGCUGAGCAGGUGAAGCGAGAGCGAGCAAGACUGGCGAUGGAGAUCAACCUGGCUGCCGACAAGGCUCUGUAUGCCACCCAGAAGUGGCGAGAAGUAGAGCUUAGUCAGUUGAACAAACUGGAAGCUCACUUCUCCAGCAGCCAGGCGCAGGUCUACAGCAUCAAGGAGCAGAUCACUUCCCUGACCAACGCCAUGCACAAAGCCAAGAAAGUGUUCCGCGUGCCCUUCUUGAAAGAAUACUGUGACUUGGACAAGAUUUUGGAGACUCUGCAGGCCCCCGUGGACCACCAGUCCUUCAGUACCAAGUGCCUCACCAUGAGCUCUGGAUUGAGUGUUAUUUUCAGGUCAUUUCAUGAGGCUCAGAGCGUGGCCUUGUCCAUGAAGAUAGACAAGAUCAAGCCAGAGCCCCUGCCUGUUAUGGCGGCACCACACUACCAAGACGGUGAUGUCACCAGGUGUGCUGAGGCAUUAACAGGCACCCAACACAGUCGGAGCAGACCAAAAAGCCCUCAGAAGCCAGGAAGGAGGUCACCGUCCUAUCGCCGCUCCUCUCCCAGCCCUCCGCGUCGUAGCAAUCUUUUUUGCCCCAACUCCUCCGUCUCAAGACAGUCCACUCCUGACGUUGUCAUUGAGGAGCUUAUAGUAGAGGAGGAACAAAAUAUUGUCCCGCCCACUGGGCCCGAGCUGGCCAAUGACAAGCGGAGGACGCGAAAGAGAGGAAACGUGUUUGACAGUGGGAGAAACGUCAAUCAAUUGGUGGUGGUGACACACGUGGUCAAUCCCUGUCACUUCUACGUGCACUACGUGGCGGAGAAGUGGGAAAGCGACCUUCUUUCCAAGAAGAUCAAUAACUUCUGCGCUCGAGACGAUAGCUAUUUCACCUUCAGUGACAGAGUGGAAAGUGGCUCUGUAAUAUUUGCAAAGGGCAAAGAGGAUCUUUGGUGUCGGGCCAGUGUUCUUGAGGUCUACCAAAAUAAUUGCGAGAAGAUGGUGAAAGUCUGUCCUGUCUUCCAGCUUGCCAGUGUGCAAGUCUUCUUCAUGGACUACGGAUUCACAAAGAACAUCAACGUCGAAAGGGAGGUGGCGAGCCCAGGGCCCUCUGUUAACAACUUGAAUAAUCAACUGAGGAAAGUGAACGAGGCCGUGUAUGCAGAGUUGAGCCGCUUUUGUCCUCAGGCAAUACGGUGUUCCUUCAAGGACCUUGUCCCCUACGACCUGACAAAGGGCUGGAGCCAAGAGGCUCAGGUUGAGUUCUGCAGAAUUGUGGGUUCUGCAGCCGUGGAAAUGCAUCCAUUGGGUCAAGACAAAGACUUUCUGCUGGUGGACUUGAAGAAAGCUCCAAUGGACCAAUGCAGUGACGUUGCUAUUUCUGUCCGAGAAUACCUGGUGUUUGUGGAAGUGGCCAGGUUUUAUUGUGCGGUUAAGACUGGCAGGAGGCCACUCAAGUACUACCCUGCCGUGUAUCCCCAAAUUCUCACCAAGCACAACGGCGUGGUCUCACACAUUAGCAGCCCCGGUGACUUCUACAUUCAGCUGGCCGACGGCAUGGAGUCCUUGUUGCUGUUAACCAAGCUGCAGGAUUGUUACAAUGCUGAGGUGCCAGCUGGAGAAGACCACCUCCUCAUUUACUGUCCUGUCAUUGGACAGGCUUGUGUGGCCCGUUUUGAAGACACCUUGUGGUACCGAGCUGAGGUCAUAGGUCAUCCGGGAGGUAGAAAGGUGGAGGUCCGCUACACUGACUUUGGAAACCAGGCAACAGUGUUGGUUAGUGACUUGAGGAAGAUAAAGGAUGAGUUCUUCUCCCUGCCAGCCUUGGCGAUCCACUGCUGCCUGGCAGAUGUGCUCCCGCUGUCUGGAGAGACGUGGAGUGAAGGCUGCAUCAGUCGCUUUGUCAGCCUGGUUCAUCACAAACUCUUUGUUGUUGUGGCGACAGAAAAAUCCCCUAAAAGCAAACCUCUGCCGGUCAAACUGUAUGAGAACGAUGAGACCGACUCAAGUGCCGACAUAGCUGAGGUGCUAAUUGCAGAGCAGCUAGCCUGCUCCAAAGACGGGUUCAAGUCCAGCGACACAGAGGUCCCUGUGAACGACGGGGCCAUCUGGGACCCGCCACUGGAUGCGUCUGGUGGCAAUGCUACGGAAUGCUUUGACUUGAAGUCUCAGCUCAGCCUCUCCAAAAGCCUGACGGACUUGAAGGUCCGAGUGACCCACGUCUCCUCGCCGAGCAGUUUCUACGUCCACCUGGCACAAAGUGACGCUCAGCUCAAUAGGCUGAGCGAGCUUCUAAAGGAGGCGUGUGAGCUUUUGGAGCCUGAAGCAGCAGCGUGGAAGCCCGACAUGACGUGCGCGGCUCACAUUAAUGGAGUUUGGGAACGAGGACAGAUUUGCUCCGAUGUCACGUCCAGCAGCUGUGUGGAGGUAAAGCGCUGUGACCACGGCAACAAGGUAAAGUUGGAUGUAAACAACCUGCGACCACUGCCGUCCUCAUUAGCGGGUUCCUUUGCACUGGAGUGCUCGCUGACUGACGUCAGGCCAGCAGGGGGUCAACUCACCUGGACCGCCACAGCGUGUGACUUCAUGUCAAACUACCUGUCAGGAGCCUCCACUCUCAUUACCAUCCAGGAUCUUAGGGAUCAGCGUCCAUCACCCGUCACUUUGCAUUGCACCAACAAGAUGGGAGACUUGGUCAACUUCACAGACUUUCUGGCCAGCAAGGGUCUCGCCCUAAAGGAGAGGAAAGCAGCCGCUAAAAAGGCACACGAAGAGUCUUCAAGUGCAGUGAAAACGCCACCUUCACCAGCAUAUUCUUUAACGCCUAUGCCCCCUGUUUCGUCUGCGCUGACUCAGGCGGUUGCCCCACGGCCCGCCAUGCGCACCAUCAGGCCCACCGAGAAGGUAAAAACGGAGCUGUACAAAGCACCUGAGCUGCCUUGCCUGGGCCACAAUCACAUGACCAUCUCUGCCAUCAAAGAGGACGGCCUGAUCUACGCCAGAACCCAGAACGCAGAUUGUCAGUUGGAGCAGCUGAGGGACAAGAUACAGCAGAGCAUGAAGACGCUGCCCAAUCAGAAGCGCUACACCUGGAAGACGGUCAAGGGCUGCGCCGUCAUUGGCCCUGACAUGCUCUGGUAUCGAGGACAGAUGCUGGAAGUCACGGGAGGAAAUGUGAAGGUGCAGUACGUAGAUUACGGCCUGGUGGAGAACAUCCCAGUGGUCCACGUGUAUCCUCGUCUGCUGUGUGAGCACGUUCCUCAGCUUUGUAUGGCCUGUAGGCUGCACGCCAUCAGCCCUGUUGGUGGCAGCUGGCAACAGGAUGCAGUGGAGCUCCUCAAGGAGAUGCUCCUGUAUCGCCGUGUGGAUGUGCACGUGCUGGAGGUGCCCGCUGACCCCAGACAACCUCUGACAGUUGAGAUCUUCAUAGAUGGACUGAGCCUCAACGACAUCCUGUGUCACCACAAACACGCCUUGAAGGACUCCACAAAACUGAAGACGCCGCCUCUUCCGCCGGCGGUCUCCAUUUUGGACGUGUGGGACAUCGACACAGAGGGUCUGGAGGGCCUUGAGGAGGUAAUGCUGGGACCUUUCACGGAGCCCACCCUGCCACAGGAAGAUGAGCUGCUAAAGGUCCGAGUGAGACACCUGCAGACCCCCAACGAGUUGUUCCUGUGCAUGGAAGACACGACUAAGCUGGCGGUGGAUGGUGAAACUCUGGAGGAGCUUCUGAGCAACAUCAACGCCAACACUGAGAGUCUGAGAGAACUUAGCAACUUUCCACUUGGUGGUCCAUGUCUGGCAGAGUACAGCAAUGGAAGUUUUUACCGAGCCAAGAUCAUCGACAUCAUCAGUUCUGACCCGGUCAUGAUCCUGGUCCAACAUGUGGACUUUGGUUCUUACGACACGCUCCCCACCAGCAAACUGCGCCAGAUGCCUGCCGAGCUGCUGCGAUUUCCCGUCCAGGUCUUCAAAGUCCAUGCCGCCGGCUUUAAAGCCCCGAACGUCGGCGUGGAGGACGAGGUUCUUCCUUACAGUCCAGAGUGGAGUGUGAAGGCCACGCUGGCCAUGAUCCAGCUGCUGCACGGCAACCUCACAGCAUCUGUGGUGACUCGGGUACCAGAGCUCUCAGUGUUGCUUUACAACGACGACGACAACUUGGUCUUUUUGUCUCUGGUGGAAAGUGGCCUUGCCGAACUCGACUGAACAUCAAGUUCACCACACGUUCUUGAUUUUCCUUUCAUUUCUACCGCAAACAAAUUUCCCGUCUUUAAUGUUUUCAUGUAAAGAUAUUUUUGAUUGAAGCAGUUCUGAAAUGUUUCAAUGAAGCAGUUUCAUUGAAACAUGUUUUCAGUAAAGCGUUUUCUUUCGGGGGUUUUUUUGCUAAAGCUUUUUAGGUUUGGGGGAGGUUCUCCAAAGUAAAGUUUGCUUCCUUUGCUAUUGUUUUAUCAAGUUUUUGAGUCAUUGUUCGUAUGAUUCACAUUUUUGUGUUAAUAAAUUCUGUUCUUGAA